AUGGUCCGCAAAACAAGAAAUUGCUCGACAUGUUAUUUGGUUUUCGAAUGGGGGGAGAGGGAGGCUAAGAAGGUAUUGUGUCCCGGGCGCGAGUUGAGCUCGCUACGUCACUGGGUGCGGCUAUGUCUGGUCGCGCUGGCAAUACAAGCUUCGUUGACGACUGUCCUUUGUGGAAAAGGUCCUCAUCAUCGCCGCUCUUUAGUUGGGCAUGCGAAUCUGCCGGUCUCUAAGGGUGGCUGGAGACCGGUUGUCGGAUCCGGUGGACUUCUAUACGGGUCGUUUGGGACUGCUCCGCUACAUGCACCAUCCUAUAAAAUUCCUGUUAUAGAUUUAUACCCUUCAUCCGCACGUCCAGUAGCAACGAGAGAUGUCACGAAACUGACGUCUAUAGCUCAAUCUUAUAGACCGACAACUCUUCGUACAGUUUCAGUACCAUCCCACACUCUUCCCGCCAAUCAACCGAUCAACUCAUACUUAAAUCCGUUCUCUCUACCAAACAAUGGAUUUAAUCAAUACAAAUUCAUUCAAAACUUCCCAGGCGACAGCGUCUUGAUACGAAACCAACAAAAUUCAUAUACCGCUCGUCCGGUCUUGCAGAAGCAACAAACGAAGCAAAUGCAGCAAUACCACAAUAAUAUACUGCAGCAAUUGACUAACGUACAGCCAAUUCAAUUCGGGCAGUAUUCCACUGUGAAACCUUUAGACUUAUUCGGAAAACCGAUCGAAGCGUACUCAAGACCGGAUGGAAAGCGACCGCAGUCAGCAGAGACUGAGAUUUUUAAACCAGAAGUAUAUAAGCUGCCGGACACAAACGUCGCAUCACAAUAUUUCAAUCAGCAAGUGAAAACUGCUCAGCAGCAAACAUACACACUGCCAAAAGUGCCUAUCAAUCAGUAUGGGCACCCAUUCAAGGAUACUGUAUUUCCACCCAGCAUUUUAGGUACAUUCGGAUCCUUUGGCUUACAAUCUGUCAAAGGAAGAGAUCCAGUUUACCCGACAACCAAAACAACGUAUUUGCCACCGCAAACGUCUAAACAAACAUUUUUCAACUCGUAUAAUUACUCGCCCAGCGUCAAAACGACUGCGUCCAUAUUCGCAUCGACAACUCCUAAGUUAACAAAGGCACAAACCUUCAACUUACUGUACGGUUCCACUUUGAACGACUUAGGAAGUGUUUCAACGCCACAAACGAAAAUAGUAUCAUCGUUGAAGAUUGAUCCUAAUGCUGAAACAAAUCACGGAUUCAAACCUAGCCCACAAGACCCUUUUAUAAAGAAUUUCCAAAACGUAGACUAUAAUAAAAUAACUACAUACAGUCCCCCUGCAAUACAAACAUCAACAGCAGCAUAUUCAGCAUUCAACAAUUACCUAAAUCAAAAUACACCAUUCCAAAGCUAUCAAAACCAAGGUUCACUAAACGUUAAUUACGAUAAACAAAAGAAAAAAGUGUCAGAUAAUGUUGGACUCACGCAACAAGUAUCGCAACAAUACGUUAACGCGCCAGGAUUGUUCGAUCUUGAGAGCAGCUUGAAUGCUCUCGCUCAUCGUCCCUCAUAUGCUGUAGUAGAAAACGUAUCAGAAGAUGUCAUAACAAAUGCCUCGCCCACCGCUUGGACUGUAACUCCACAAUCAUACAAGUACAAUCAAAAUGUUGAUGAGCCAGUCACAACGCAUGAUCACGUAAAUAAUAUUUUCGAAAAACCAACAACACCCUUUCCCAAUUUAAGAGAAGAAUAUGCUAUCGUGACUGAGUCAGAGCAGAAUUAUGAAAAUUCUUACAAUUAUGACAAUCAAUUUGAAUCACAAAGCAGACGACCAUUAGGUGACGAUUUCGAACCAAUAAGACCGAACAAGUUGAAAGAUUACUACUACAAAGUAUCAACUCCAACAUACAAUGAACGCAAACCUUACAGGCGCACUAAGAAGCCGACUGAAGCCGCUACACCUGAUGUAACAACGCAGUCGAAUAUUCUGGAGGUAACGGACGUGCCGGUCGAAUCACUUCCUACACUUCCACCAAACAUGCAUUUCAAACGACCGAGUACAUCUGACUCUUCUGAUAGAGAUAAGAUUAGGAAGCGAAACAAAAUUAGAAGACGCCGGCCAUCUCUAGCGAACCGUAACAAAGAAGAAACUAGUACACGCAAAUAUGUCUCUUCUACGGAAAGUUCUCCAACGACAGUUACAGAAGAAAUAUAUACCAUACGACCCAGAAUAAGGCCGACUAAAUCUAAACCUGAAACAAUUGCUACAACACCAACAGAAACUACUGAACUAACCACUAGCGCUCUACCAACUACUUCGCCAACAAAACCAACAAUUAUAAAGAAAAAGGUAAUAGGACAUCGCCGACCUCUGACUACUGUGUCGAAUAAAAUUGAGACCACUACACAACCAAUACAGGAUUACAAUAGUAGAGAAUCUUCAAUAAUGAAAAUAUCGUCUCGCCCUCAAUCGUCUAAAUCUCAUUUAAAUAGGAAUGAAUUUAAAAAUACUGAAAUUCCAGACUACAGUCACAAGCAAGAUGAAAAAGAUACGCCAACAAGUGAUAUUUUCGUAAGCCUCAGCGACACCCUGAAAACGAAAGAUGCUUUAAAAGAAUUCUCAUUCCAUAGAGAUGUCCGUCCUGUAGAAAAUAAAGAAUCAACGACCGAUGUUGCUAAAGAAAAGGAUGAACCCGAAGUAACGACCUUCUCAUAUCGAACAGAAUCAAAUACAAGAAUAACAAAAAUACAAAGACCUAGACUCAAAAAUAAACAAGAAAGACCUAAAUUCAGUGUAAAAGAUUACAGAACCCGCCUAAAUUCUACCACUAGCACAACAGAAAAAAUUGUCGAAAGUACACCUAAAAGUAGAUACGCACAAAGAAAAAAUCCCUACACAGAUAUAUUUAGUGACGUCGAAACAACAACAGAAAGAAAAAAAUUCACACCGAAAGAACCGAGGCACAGAUUAAACAAAACAGAAAAUAAUGAACAAGAAAUACAUUCAAGACAAGCAGGAAGACAAAAGCAGACUCCAGAACCAAGUGAAGGAACUACACAAAAAAUUUCGUCGCGCGUACGUAAUGGUCAACGAAGAACGAGACCCACUGAGGAACCAAUAGAAACCUCGAGUCCAACAACAGUGCAUAAUAGAAGACCACAAAGAAAGAGGUAUCAAGAUUCAGAAAUCGAAGAGUCUGUGCAAGAUAUAGUAACUGAAACGACAGCGAAUUAUGAUCACAAGAAUGAUAUAACUUCAGAAAGAACCAGAUCCGAGAGCGCUAUUAUGAAGAUAGCUGAUAAGAAACAUCAAGAUCACAUAGAACGACUCUUCGAACAUUCGAAGCGUGUUUCGGACUUAACUCUUGCUGCUAGUAAAGACUACAACACCCCUGGUAUGUUUAAAUCCGUGGCUUCAAACAGCAGAAGGAUACCAAGUUACUUCACGAUAGCAACCGAUGACCCCAUCCUACCAAUAGAGGCUUUCUUUCCUCAGCUGAACCAAAAGAAGGAAUCGUAACGUUCCUAUUACUUAAUUACCAAAGCAAAUCCUUUCG